AUAUAUUUUCAACAUUGCAAUGUCAUCCAUCUUCAACUACUGUUACCGCUGUCAGCGUGUUUUCAAGGUCUUACCUCGACUUCGGGGAACCUAGUCAUUUCUCACAGGACUAUGAUCCUGACACCCUAGAACAUGAGCAAGACGUCUAUGGAGAGUAUGACGAACUCGAUCCUUUGGAUGAUGCGGAAGAAGUCAUAAUCCCACAUGUCGAAACCCACGUCCCAGCACAUUUAGGGAGUACCAUCCCAAUGUGCCAAUUACCCACCCCGGAGGAGAAAAUCAUCUCAGAAGAUGGACCGCGAUGUACAUGCCGUGCCGCUAUCCGUCACACAGAGACCUUUACUAUCCCUUUGCGUCGAAAGCUGAAUUUGACCUGGGAUACUGGCUUUCAGAGGGGGCGUGUCGCAAAAGAAGUUGAUGUUUUCCUCCACCUCGAGCAUAUGCAGACCAAGAAUAAUCCGCCCUCUUUCAAUACAUCUAAGGAUCUGUGA